GGAGGGAACUAACAGAUUAUACAAAGGAUUUAGAUUUGCAGAAGUUCUGCAACCACAGAGUUCAAUUCAGACCUCGAAGAAACGGUGAAGUGAGCCAACAAAAGAAAGAAAAUGUUAACGCUACUUCUGCUGACGCUGCUGGUACAUAUCCAUGCAGAAGAACCUGUGAUGGAAGCUCCUAUGGAGCUAGAACUCUUCAACAGGUUUAUGUACGGCACCUGUGAAGUCAAUCCUGACCCUCUUCUACCCGCUGGUCUGCCUCAAUUAUAUGGCCAAGUUCUGUUCAGACAAUUCUAUCCAUCAGGCGCCGUGCAGGUGAUAGUAAAUCUCCGGGGUUUGCCCACCAAUGACAAACAGGAACGCGCCAUUCACAUCCAUCAGUAUGGAGACCUGAGUGAAGGAUUCGUCACAGCCGGUCCACACUACAACCCCCUCGGAGUGGACCACCCCAGUCACCCUGGAGACCUGGGAAACUUCUUCCCCAGCAACGGAACCGUCAGGCGACGUCUAAAUGUUCAAGCGGCCACACUUUUUGGAGGUCCGUCCAUACUGGGCCGUGCUGUGGUGAUCCACGAGAAGGAGGAUGAUCUAGGAUUGGGGUCAGAUGAGGAGAGCAAACGAAGUGGCAAUGCUGGGAGAAGAAUCGCUGGAUGUGUCAUCGGUAUCUCAUCAGAAACCCUGUGGAACAAAACAGUUCAACUCAUAGAGGAGGACUGAUUAAGACUGAUAAGAAUAGGAUGGGAGUAAAGAUGAACAGAGAAAAGAAUGCAAAGAGAUAAGUAAGACAGGUCACAGGAAGUUCAUACAAUAACUAUAGGCAAUCAACAAUCCAGAACCAUGAAUAUAGUGUGAUUGAUAGUGAUAGUGUGAUUUCCAGCUCAGCUUAAGGCAAACUCUGUUGUAAUGUGUAGAAUUGAUCUCUUUCUAAAGACAUAAUGAAUGUAAUCUUGUCAUAUUUUAAUGUGCGUAUUGUUUUCAGACAUUUUCAGAACAGUCCACAAAAUGUUAGUUUGAAAUUAGAAACUUUAUCUAAAUGUUUCACUGUGUUUAAAAAAAACUGACGACUGUCUCAAUCAAACAUGUUAAAACAGGCAAACAAAAUUAAAAUCCUGAUCAUUUUAUACAUAUCAUAUUAAGACUAACAUCUAAAAAUUAAUGAGGACAAUAAAAAAAAGAAAUGGA